GUGCGGCAAGUGCAGCAAGUAGGAGAAAAUGAGGAAUCUCCAGUUGGUUGUGGUGGCAGUAUUUGCCUUCUCUCUCAUACAGACUGGAGCUUCCCAAUGUGAUGUUGUGAGGUUAACUGCAGCAGUGUAUGAGACACUGAGUCCAUUCAUGACUGAAAUGAGGGAAGGUCUGGCUGCUGUUAAAGAAAACCUAACCAACAUUCAGCAACAAGUCAAUUCUCUAACUGAGACUGUGAACAACCUCGAGCAAACCCUUCAGCAAAACAAUGAUGAACAGACGACAAGACUACAUGGUGGUCUCAAUAUGACAGUGACGACUGCGCACUCUGAACUGGAGCGAAAUGUACUGACCAAUGUUACAAAGGAACUGAAGAAGACUGCUGACUAUAUACUUGAACUUGCACACACAUAUGAAUGUGGAGGUACAGGAGGUUGGAGACGUGUGGUCUACCUGAACAUGACAGACCCCAACACCAACUGCCCUUCUGGCUGGCAGCUCACUAGUUACUCCAAGAGAUCAUGUGGUAAAGUUAACACUAGUUGGCUUUCCUGUGACUCAGUCUUGUUCCAUGACAGUGGAGGAGACUACACUAGUGUGUGUGGCUCUAUCAGAGCCUACCAGUACGGCUGGGUUGAUGCAUUUGAGACCUAUCAUGAGGGACAAGUGACCACAAUAGAAGAAGCCUAUGUUUCUGGUGUCAGUCUCACACAUGGCAGUCCACGACAACACAUCUGGACAUUUGCUGCUGGUGCUACUGAGGCCCAACCUACUUGGAUUGAUGCCUGUCCUUGUGAUGCUAGCAUCAACAUUACCAUCCCACCAUUUGUGGGUGGAGACUAUUUCUGUGAAUCAGGAGUCAACUCAAGUUCCACCGGUGGAUUCCAUCCAGAUGAUCCUCUCUGGGAUGGUGAAGGCUGUGGUAGGAGCAGUAGCUGUUGCUCAUUCAACAAUCCUCCAUACUUCACUAAGACACUCCCCAGCCCCACCUCUGACCCUAUAGAGGUCAGACUGUGUCAAUUGGAUGGUGGUUUCGAUGAUUCUCCAGUUGAAUUUAUGGAACUCUAUGUCAAGUAGAGGCACUGACACUAUGGAGUGAACGACUCUGUGUAGUUGUGUAGUUAUUGUAGCACUCAAUUGGUAUAUAUUGUUUAGAGGUACGUAUGUAUGUAACUGUUCGGUAACUAUCAUCGGUACUGGAGCAGGAUCGCGAGCUAGUAUUUCAAUUGCUGAACUGCAGAUG